AUGUAUUUCCUCGUCAGCCUCCUUUUCGUUCCUUUCACAGCUGCCACGCUCGGCGGCGAUCUGAACUGUACCACCUACAACGGUACUGAAUUCGUGUGGACUCCGGCCGCUACCAUCUGCUCCAACACCAUCUCGGAUGCUGCGUGCGAAGUGCUCUACGCCGCCACUGAUGCCACCAUCGGAUACCCGGCCGCUGGAAACAACGCCGAGAGGCCGUUGGCGUGCUACACCACCGCCACCGCCACUCCGGCGGCCAUCGUACAGGAUAUGAAGACCGCUGCUCUUGAGACUUGCCCAAAGACUUGCGGAUAUUGCUGUAAUACCGACGCCUACUCGUGCGCCAACGCUGCUUGUAAGAUCUUGCGGCGACGCAUUCUUCACACAUUUCGUGUUUCCAGAUCCUCGUCUCAACUGCGCCACAAUCACCACCGCCCAAUGCAAUUCGGUCACCUGGCGUACGAUCAUCGCCACCGACUGCCCAUCGGCGUGCGGAUUCUGCAACCAGGGAGGAUGCGUCGACGCGGUCACCAACUGCGGAAACGACUUGAGCAUCUGCCAGACGGUCGGAAUGCAAGACUUUGUGAACACGUACUGCCAGAGAACGUGCGGAAGAUGUCCGUCGACGACCGCCUCCUCGUCGGGCAGCUCCACCACCGCCUCUUCGGGCUCUUGCACCUCCUACACGGCCGAUUCGAGCAGCGCCUGCUCCGCCUGGGCCGCCAACGGCUUCUGCACCAACACCUUCUACACAACGGCUCAGCGCAAGGCCCGAUGUGCCACCACUUGCAAACUCUGCUAA